AUGGCGGAUCCGGACGCCGACGAGAGCCCGGACUUGUGGCAGCUCUUCUGCCACUACGACCGGCUCUACUUCCGCGGCGAGCUCGACGCCGCCGCCUUCGCCGUCGAGUGGGCCUACCCGCGCAUGAGGACGACCACUUGCUUCGGAUCCUGUUCCUUUGGAGACCUGAGCAAAAUAAUACUCUAUGAGCCAAUGCUGCAAUGUCGCACAAAUGCUGAUAUGAAGAACGCCCUGCUGCAUCUGAUGAUUCAUGCAAUCAUAUUUCUAAAGCAUGGUAUGAAGAACCUCGGCCAUGGUCCUGUUUUCCGUGAUUGGAUGGAUGCUAUCAACACUUGCACCGCUGAGGAUCGCAUGAGACCGACAGGUGGCUACUGUAUCACCACUACCCAUGAUUUCAGUGAGGAAAAAUCCUGCAACAUCCAGGGGAUUCCGUGGAAGUGUGAACAGUGUGGCGUUACACUUCUGAGGGCAACGAAUUUGGGACCUCCAUCUGAUUCCUGCUGUAUCGAGAAUGUUAGCGGAGAUGCAACCUGUGACAACAUGCUUUGCCAGUGGCACAACCACAAGACGAAUUGUGGUGGUACAUAUGUGGUAACCAAACCACGAGGGCAAAGGAUGGUUCGAAAAGGUGGAGAGUUGCUUCUUCAGACUGGAACAACUGAAAUGACCAAGUCACAAGGAGCUGUACAACAAUCAGAUUCAGAUGAAGUGCAGAAAGCAAUUGUUUUGUCUGCAGCCCCUCGGAGUCGGAGAAGAUUGAAGCCGAAGCAAGAGUUUGUUGCAUGGGAGAAUAUUGAACUUUUGUCUAUGGGGAGUCGCAGUAAUGCAAAAUCAGUGGGUAGUAGCUCCUCAAAGAAGGCAGAGGAUGUCCUUUCGAGCCAACUGAAACGGAAGCAAACAUCUGUUACAUCAGAGAAGCAUGGGUUUCUCUCACUAGGGAGUUGCGACAAUGCAAAAUCGUCGGGAAGUAACACCUCCAGGAAGGCAGGAAAUUUGCAUGAGCCAGACGAUGUUAAGCCUUAUGCAUCCCAGAAAAAAUUGAAGCUAGUGCAGGACUUGGCCGCAUCGGAGAAAUAUGGAGCUUUCUCUCUAGGGACUUGCAACAGUGCAAAACCACCACGAAGCAGCACGUCCAGGAAUGCAGAGAAGUGGUGCAAGUCCGAGGGUGUUGAGAAAUCCACUGUCCCGUGGCCUGCUGCGCCCCCUCAUAAAAUGAAGCUUGAGCAAGACUCUGUUACAUUCCAGAAACAUGGGGUUGCAAAACCAUCAAAAAGUAUCACCCCAGACAGAGUAGGCAAGCUGCAUAAGCCGGAUCGUGUUGAGAACUCCGGUGUCCCGCCUUCCACGCCCCUAAAAAAACUGAAGCUAGAUAAGGACCCGGUUGCACCCGAGAAACAUGGGGUGGCAACAUCAAGAAGCCUACCUGCUGCACCUCCCACAAAGCUGAAGCCAGUCUUGGUUGCAUCGGAGAAGAGUUUUGGUUGCGGCAAUGCAAAAGUACCGGACAACAUCUCCUCACAGAUGGCACACAAGAAACUUGAGCAUGGAGGGGCUCAGAAGCACAUUUCUCUGCAUGCUGCCCCUCAAACUAUGCUGAAGCAACCGAACAAAACCAGCUCCACAGUGAAGGCACCAAAGCAACAUAAGUUUGAAGACUUUCGGAAAGCAACUGUUCAGCCUGCCGUCCCUCAGAGUAAACUGAAGCAAUCAAACCGUGCUGCUGAAUCGGAGAGGCAAAAGACAAGGAGCAAAACCAAGAGUUGUGCUAGGAAAAAAGAGUAUGUUUGCUUUAGUCUGUGGCAGAACUUCUAUGAACCGGAAUGCUCGAGUGGAUCGGACGAGCCGCUUGUAAACAAGAGAAGUGUGCGGAGAAAAAGAGAGAGGGAACGCGCAGUUCAGAUCACAUAUUCACGGUCAAGGAAGCAAAGCACCAGUGGGAUCAGCUCCAUCAAGGCCAAACUAGAUGAGGAAAUCUCAGCUGGACACUUGGAGAUCAUUGUUAUCGAUGAUGAGGUGAUGACUGAAGCCCCUGGAGAACAGUGCAAGGCACCAACUCCAUGCAUGAACGCUCCUGUCGUCCCACCCACUGAUCAGGUGACGACUGAAGCCCCUAGAGGUCAGUCCAAGCCACCAGUUCCAUCCAAGGACGUUCCUCCCACUGAUCAGGUGAUGACUGAAGCCCCUGGAGGUCAGUCCAAGCCACCAGCUCCAUCCAAGGACGUUCCUGCUGUCCCUCCCACUGAUCAGGUGAUGACUGAAGCCCCUGGAGGUCAGUCCAAGCCACCAGCUCCAUCCAAGGACGUUCCUGCUGUCCCUCCCACUGAUCAGGUGAUGACUCAAACCCCUAGAGGCCAGUCCCAGCCAUCAGCACAGCGCAUGGACACUGCCGUCCCUCCUGCGGACCACGGAGACCGGUCCGAUCCAUCUACUAUCAUGGACAUUGCUGCCGUGCCUCCAGCUAUGACCCAAGCCCCUAUGGACCAGCCACAGCCACCAGCUCCUUGCUCCAUCGCCGCUGAUCAGGUGGUUCCACCUUGUUCGGCCGACCUGCCCGGUUUACCUCCUUCAAAUCCAAGCAGUUGGGCUGGCGUGAUAGACAUUUCUGAUGAUGAUGAUGAUGACGACGACGAAUGA